UGGCGUUGCCUUCGGCAUUGUACGGAGUAACUCCCGGAGCUACGCAGGGACCGACACAGUCACAGUGAGCAUAGCGAACACCGUGACACGGGGCAUAUGUUAGCUAGCUCAGAAACGAUACACUUUACGGGCUUCAGGACGGGUUGGCAUCCUGUCAGAGAAGUACUGUGUUCAUUUGCUGUUACUUCUGGGCUCCAAAUGUAGCGCCUUAUGACUUUGACCUGUCACUAGGUAGCGUUAGUUACGUAGCUAACGCCAGCUGCGUAGACUAGAGCAAGGGCAGACUGGAGCUCUCGCUGCGGAGAAUAGUGAACAAAUGGCCUCCUAAUGUCUGUGGUAAGCGUCACGGGGCUCAAGGAAAUAUGGGAAGGAGAAUUCAUUCGUUAGGAAAAGACAACCGCGGUGUUUAGAAUCUCCACUUUCACUAAACUACGUAGUUAUGAUGCGAAAGGAGGCGCAUGUUAGUGACGUCUGUCUGCAGCGGUGAAACUACAAUGUUCAGGAGAUGGACUACAAAAUAGCGCAUCUUUGAUACUUCGUCCGUGUUCUUACAGUGUUGCGUCAUACAGACGACAUAAACGACCUGGUUCAAAUUGAACCAGCUCUUAUCUUGGCGGCCACUUGGAUACUUCCGGAUCAUUUUACUCAGUUAGAACCUUCCUCACCAAAAAGGACUAUUCGACACGAGUCCUUGAAUGGACCUUUUUACCACAGUAGACAUUUUGGCUGGACAUAGGAGUAAAACGUUUUCUUCUCUUUAUGACUUUAAGGCAGACUUGCUACAAACACUUACAUGCACCUGUUGCAUAACAUGUUCCCUUUAGCGACUACGACGGACUCAGGCAACCUGUCUCAUAUUCUCUAAAUGCUAAGGAAACACACUUCAACGCUUCCUUUCUCAUCACCUAUAGCAUAGGGUACACUGGACAAUUAUUUUACAAAAGGAAAGGAGAUAAUGCCGUCCCACAAUUCCUUGUGGCAGCAACAUUUCGGCCCAUCUUGCAUAGAUUUAUAAAUUAUUUUCAUACAAUCUGGAUUUGUGUUAAUCAGAGGGCAGUGCCAACUGAUUAUCACUUUAUUUUAUUUGUUUAAUAAAAACAUAUAAAACAAAAAAGAUUAACAAACAAAAUGAACAGGGAAUAUAGCAAACUGUCAAUAAACAAAGAUAACAUAUUAACAUAAAUAAAUAUGACACAUCUGAAAAGGAAGAGGAAUAAAUAUACACUUAUAUGAUCCUACCUCUUCUCCAUAACUCACACAAUUUACUUAAUAUUGUCAUAUCAAUUUGUGUGACUUUCUUUUUACAAUUUGAAUGUCCAAAUGCCUGCUAUGUAACGGGUCUAUUGUAGCAGUCGUGAUGUCAUCAUUUCUGUCCCACAGAGGGACUAACCUUUACCUAUGAGAUGUUUGGCAUCUGGCACCUCACAUGAGCCAGACCUGUCAGCAGUGUUAAACCCAGUGUUAGUUGUAUCUGUGGCCCCUCGGGGGCUUCAGUAGUUGCGCUGCUGCCAGCACCAGAAUGUGUUGUCAUUGUUCGGUUUUGGAGUUGUGUGGCUGACCUCAUUCCACGAGCAGAUGAGUUGCACAGCAGAGCACGGAGCCGAGAAACAGAAAGAAACAACACCUGAACGUAUUGGUGAGCUUCCUCCCUCAGUGGACAACGCUGACAGGGAUUUGGUAACACCGUGGAUGGGGCCCUGGUCUUUGACUACUAUGUGACUGUCUCAUGGCCGUCCUCUUCAGACGUGGUCUUGCCGUGGCCCUGCAUCGUGCCCAGGGCUGCCCCCCCCCACUGCCUGCUGCUCUCCUAGGAGCAUGUAGGACUAAGAAGACAUGGCCGGUGAGCUUCCCUCAGGAGGAGUUAAAGAAACGCCUCACACCGGCACAGUACCACGUUACCCAGGAGAGAGGAACCGAGAGUGCCUCCACUGGUGGGUUCACUCAUCAUAAAGAUGAGGGCACCUACACCUGUGUCGUCUGCGGGGCUGUGCUGUUCAGCUCCAACACUAAAUUUGACUCUGGGUCGGGUUGGCCGUCCUUCUUUGACCUCGUGAAGGAGGAGUCCGUCACCGGGUCGGAUGACUUCUCCUAUGGGAUGCACAGAGUGGAGACCACCUGCAGCCAGUGCGGCGCCCACCUGGGACACCUGUUUGAUGAUGGACCAAGACCCACAGGAAAACGCUACUGCAUCAACUCGGCCUCCUUGGCUUUCCAGCCCAAAGACGCUGCCGAGGGCGGAGCUGCCGAGGGCGGAGCUGCCAGCAGCCCGGCGAAUGGCAGGAAGACGGAGCUCUAAAAAGACACUCGAGCAGCAGACCGACAGCUGGGCCUCUGCAGCGAGAGUUCACACGCAGAAAGUAGAUCUGUAUUCUGUAAAGAUCGAGCGGGUGACUGGUCAAGGAAGGAAGGCGCUCAGGCCAGUGAGAAUACUCUGAUGUAUAAUCCAUCACAAGGGAAAACUGCACGCUACCAAAACAGUCACAGUUGAAGCUGUAUCAGCUGAUUGCCUUCAAGGGAACUCCUUAUUCCCUUCACUCACUUUAGUUUCCUACGUCUGGGAAGUAGCAUUUGGCUGCUAAGUUAAACAUGGAUGAAAUGCUGUGUAGUAGGAGACACACAUAUAUAAAACAUACAGCUUUUUACACUCUAACAAAACAUAUUUUAUUGGUCUAUUUUUGAAGUGAUAUUUGAUACUGAGAAGCUGCCUUUGAUGGCAUCAUAUGGUGGACAAAUAAAGUGCUGUGGUCUUUAGGUCACUUCCUAUGUUUGUUCCUUUAGGUCUUUGCAGUCAGAAAUAUGUAUACAUAUUUUUCAGUUUGUGUUCACGGUUUGCAUCUAAACAUACUGGAAGAAUAAAAUAUCGAGAAAACAUU